GUCAUCAACAUGGCCUCUAGCAAUGGUUCUAUUGAAUUCAAAGAUGGCCUCCCACUAGCAAUCUUUAUAUCUCUAUGUGGUUUUAUUUUUGGGCUAGAUUUUUUGCAUAAUAGCGCUAAGAGUGGUAAACGUCUGUACUACAAACAACUAAAAUUUUGCAGUCUGUUUGUCAAUAUUUGUUGUCAAGGUUGAAAAAUUUAAAGGCUAAAGGUGUCGUUGCUCUUUCUGUGUUGAAAUGGUGGAUUAUUUUAAAUCGUGUUUUAUUUUCGUCGAUAUUGCGUGAAAUUCCCUUUGUUAAAUAUGAUAUUUUGUGCCUGAUAAUAUUUUCUUAAGAAGACUUUAAACUGUGUGGGGUUCGUCAUGGAAGAUAACGAGGGUCGCAUGGCAGUGGACUCGGACGAGCCGAUGUCAAAUGAUGAGAAUGACAUUAUCAUCAAUGAGGUGGAUGGCCUUCCUAAUGUUCAUCCCAACUACAUAGAGUUGGAAUUGCAACGCGAGACUCCUCGCAGAGAUUGUGAUGGCUCCUCCCGGACCCUCGACGAACUUAUUCACGAUGAGGAUCUGCCCACAUCUCUGAUCGUCACAAACCUGGACAGCUCAAUCUUUAAGGAUGAAGAAAAAAAAAAGAACAUCCAACUGCUGUUCGGGCAGUUCGGCGAGCCGGCCUCUUUCCAGUUCUUCCGCAGCUUCAGGCGGAUGCGAGUGAACUACCAGUGCCCCGCCGCCGCUGCCAAGGCCCGCAUCCACUUGCACCAGACGCAGUUCGCCGGCAGCGUCAUCAACUGCUACUUCGCUCAGCCGGUGUCUCCCAUAGACCUGGGGGACCAGUACCUGCAGCUGCCUGCACCCGUCAAGAUGUUCCUGAUCUCUCCGCCAGCGUCGCCCCCCGUCGGCUGGGAGCCCCGCGAGGAGGGCGAGCCUCUCGUCAACUACGACCUGCUGGCUGCCAUCGCCAACCUCACCCCAGGGGAGACGCAUCAGCUCCACCCGCCCUCGGAGAGCCAGCCGGGCAUCGUGGUGCACGUGUGCGAGGAGUCUCCUCCCCUGGACGACGGCAAGCCCGCCAAGAUGAGGAUCACCCACACUCGCUGCCCGGAGAACUGAGGCCCGGCCCGACUGCGCCCCGCUCGGACACCUGCCGCCCUCGUGUUGCCCCGUUACUGUCGCGAGUCCCCGCAGCACCCGUGUGGCGUCAGGAGAGCGCUGAGCGCUGCCCCAGGUGCCAGGCACAUUCGCUUCAAUUAAAUUGGGGCUUGUAUACAGGCAUGUUUAGUUAUUUCUUAUUGUAUUUAUUUAUGCUGUUUACCAGUAUGUUACACUAUGUGGUAAACAUUGAAAAUUUAUUAGUAUGAUCAUUAGCAUUUUAUGAUACAAUCUCUUAUGUUUGUCUCGACAACUAUGCACUGUGUUACAAAUGUAGGGAUUGGAAGGUGCACUAUCCUCUGAAGAUGAUGCUAUGUUAUUUAUUUACAUCAUUGAUGGUCAAGAAUGAUUUUUCAUGGUUCACUCUUUGAGAUUCUGCAUCUUUUCGUGUCUCAGAUAUGCAACGCUUAGCAUGCUAUAAUUGCCAAAUACUUAUACCUAGUUUACUCUUAUUUUCAUUAAUCAAAAUGAACUGAAUUUGCAAUUAUGUUAGAUUUAUUUGCCUUUUACACAUCUGAGACUACAAAUUAAUUUCAACACUUUUAAGGAAUUUAGGUGUAGCAGAUUAAAUGUGAAAUUAAAUAUGUGAUACUGGAAAUAAAAAUAUUCUUCAAGAGUGUAAGGGCCUCGAUUGUAGUGAUACUAGCGUACAGACAUUUGCGCAAUGAGGCUAAACAAGUUAAGCGAUUAAGAUUGUGUACUUGUGCUUGCAAUUUGAGACUGGCUAUGGUGUUUUUGUAUUGAAUAGAGAAAUACUAAAGACUG